AUGCUCGCCCGGGGGCCAUCAUUCACCAAAUUCUCAACGACAACCAUAUUCAUCCUAACAUGUCUCUUCUUCAUCCUCUAUUACCACCCCAUGAGACUGGCAACACCAGAAGGGCCCUCCGAAUAUGAUACAUCCAGAAAGGGCUUCCAACCAGCAUCGCCGCGGAUCCCAGAGAAGAUCUGGUACAAAGUUGGGCCUAAAGGGUUGAGCGACCAGUCACACGAAUGGCUGGACGAUUGUCUCCACAAAAACCCUGCUCAUAGCGCGCAGAUCAUGACAGACCUCACUGGCGAUCAAUAUGUCGAACAGAACUUCAGCCAUCGUCCUGAUAUCGUCCACGCCUACCUUUCUCUAUCCGUGCCAAUCCUAAAAGCGGAUUUCCUACGCUAUCUGCUUCUUUUCGUCGAAGGCGGUAUCUGGGCUGAUCUUGAUGUCUCGUGUGGUGAUGUACCCAUUAGAGAAUGGAUCCCUGAGACAAUACGCGCUAAAGCUGGGCUUGUUGUUGGGUGGGAGUUUGAUGUUGGCUGGGGGGGAUAG